UCUCGCUCUCCAGCAUGGUCGCCUCCUGACGCUUACCCCGCACAUGUGGCAGCUCCCGGUUCAUCAGAGUUUGCGUUCAGCGUUAAGUUGGUGUUUUAGUUGUACUUAUUCAGGAGUUAAACUCACCGGGUUUAACUGCGCUGUGGGUUAAAGGUUCAGCGGCGUCUCGGAGAAGAAUCCAGAAUGCAGCACGACAGUGUAAUAUGGGAUCUUAUCAGCAAUAGACAGUUCUGCUCCUAUAAAGUCAAAACAAAGACGCAACAGUUCUGCCGGAAUGAGUACAACGUCACCGGCCUCUGUAAUCGCCAGUCAUGCCCCCUGGCCAACAGUCAGUAUGCCACAGUCAGAGAGGAGAAAGGUCGGUGUUACCUCUACAUGAAAGUUAUUGAAAGAGCAGCUUUCCCAGCUCGCAUGUGGGAGAAGGUAAAACUGAGUCAGAACUAUGAAAAGGCCCUGCAGGAAAUCGACGAGAAUCUCAUCUAUUGGCCACAUUAUAUGCGGCACAAGUGCAAACAGCGCUUCACUAAGAUCACACAGUAUCUUAUCCGCAUCCGCAAACUCACGCUGAAGAGACAGAGAAAACUGGUCCCACUUAGCAGGAAAGUAGAGAGGAGAGAGAAGAGGAGAGAGGAAAAAGCUCUUAUUGCUGCUCAGCUGGAUAACGCCAUAGAGAAAGAGCUACUGGAGAGGUUAAAACAGGGCACGUAUGGAGACAUCUACAACUUCCCAGUCCAUGCUUUCGAUAAGGCCCUGGAGAAACAAGAUGUGGAGAGUGAGACAGAAUCUGAAGCAGAGAGGAGGAGGGAGGAGGAUGAGGACGUUGGAAAGAGAGAAUUUGUGGCAGCCGAUGAGAUUGAAGAAAGUGAUCUCAGCGAUUUUGAGGAUAUGAACAACCUAAAGGCCAGCGACGAGGAAGAAGAAGAGGAAGAGAGUGAAGAAGAGGAUGAAUCAGAAGAAGAGAUGGAGGAAGAAAUGGAAGUAGAGAAAGAGCCCCCAGUCAAGUCGAAAGGAAAGACCCCACUCAAAGGACCAGUGAGGAAGAAGCGAGCUUAUGUGGAGAUCGAGUAUGAGCAGGAGACGGAGCCUGCCUCCAAGAGCAAAGCCUCGUAGAGGCUAAAGCAGAACAGACACAGCACCAACUCUGUGGCCUUUGCCUUUUCACAGACUUUGGUUGAAACUUGGUUUUGGUUCCCUGUCAUGUUCACUAACAACCAGUUCAAAUUCAUGUCCACGUACUCAGACAGCCUGUCCGGCAGCAGAUCUCUGCUCAGGGAGGCCUGUGAUUAUUUCAGUGUGAACAGUUUUCUGUGUAACUAUGCUGUUGAUAAGCAUAGUUGUUCUUUUGUGCGUUGUGAUCAGUGACACUGAUUAAAACGGCUGAUAACCAUGA